CAUUCAACUCAGCCUCCAUUAUUUAGUUCAUACUCCGUACCCUCCUAACUAAAACAUGAAAACCACAAACUUAAAUACUUGAUACAGUUUGACCUGACGUGACCCGAACCUACCCACCCCACUUGACCCCCCAUACGGCCAUACCCCAAUAUAUGGUUGAUUAAUCAUCAACCCUUGGACUUCAUGUUUUAAUCAAAGAAAAACGAAUCUAUCCAUUUCCUAGUCCUCCCACACCACGAGCUCAAGAAAAUGGAAAAACGACAAUACCAGAAAGAAACGUCAUAUCCAGUAACCCCAAAAGCCGUCAUCGCCUAAUCCUGCAACUUCCUCAGACACCCACACCAUAUAUAUCCUUUCUCUCUCCUCCUUUCACCUCUUUUUUUUUUUCUGCAACUCAAAUUCACCAAUCAUCUUCUUCAUUCUCCACUUUCUCUCUCCUCUUUCUCGCAUUUUCUCUCUCUUCAAUUUCCAGAAACCAUUAACAAUGUUAGUGCUAUCUUCCUCUACUCCUCCCGUUCUCGAGCUCCUCAAAGAUAGUGUUUCUUCUUCAUCGGCGGCGUCUUCUUCGGCGUUUUCUGAGGUGGUUCUUCGUCGGAGUUUUUUCACUCGGAGUAACUCUUCGUUACUAUGUUGCUGCUCUUCCAAGCUCAAAUUAAUGGCGGAUGCUGCUGUUCCGUCGUCUUCUUCUGUUUCUGCUUCUGAUUCUGAUUCUUAUUCUGCUUCUGAAGAGGAUAAUUGCAAGAUUCCACUCAAGAAUGAUAAUGAGAAUCAAUCUCUUCGUUCUCGCACUUACCUUGAUGUUCGUUCUGCUGAAGAGCUGAUUUCUGGAAUAAAAAGAGAAUCAGAAACUGGAAGGUUGCCUAAAGGUGUUACUGCUGCAGUGGAGGAACUUUUUCACUACUACCGCAACGCAGUCCUUUCAAGUGGAAUUUCUAAUGCUGAUGAACUAGUGUUGUCAAACAUGAAAACUAUGCUGAAUUUUGUGUUAAUGGAUAUGGAGGACCCUUUUGUAUUUCCACCGUAUCACAAAGCUAUUCGAGAGCCUAUUGACUAUUAUUCCUUUGGUCAAGAUUACAUUCGUCCAUUGAUUGAUUUUGGAAAUUCAUACGUCGGCAAUAUCACCCUUUUUCAUGAAAUGGAGGAGAAGCUUCAGCAGGGGCAUAACAUUAUCUUAAUGUCCAACCAUCAAACUGAAGCAGAUCCCGCCGUGAUUGCAUUGCUUCUGGAGAAGACAAAUUCACUCAUCGCAGAAAAUCUGAUCUACAUAGCAGGCGAUCGAGUUGUAACUGAUCCUCUUUGCAAACCCUUUAGCAUGGGAAGGAAUCUUCUUUGUGUUUACUCUAAGAAGCACAUGCAUGAUGUUCCCGAGCUUGUUGAUGCAAAGAAAAGAGCAAAUACAAGGAGUUUGAAAGAGUUGGCCUUACUUUUAAGAGAAGGUUCAAAAAUAAUCUGGAUCGCACCCAGUGGUGGAAGAGAUCGUCCAGAUGCUGUCACUGGUGAAUGGUACCCGGCAACUUUUGAUGUCACAUCAGUGGAUAAUAUGAGAAGGCUUGUGGAACAUUCCGGCGUACCAGGGCAUAUCUAUCCAAUGGCAUUACUAUGCUAUGACAUAAUGCCUCCUCCAGCACAGGUUGAAAAAGAAAUUGGGGAGAAAAGAGUAAUAUCCUUUCAUGGAGUUGGGUUAUCUGUUGAACCAGAGAUCAAAUACUCUGAUAUUUCUUUUGGUUGGGAAAACGAGAAAGAGGCUAAGGCGGCUUAUGCACAAGCAUUAUAUGCUUCUGUGAAAGAACAAUAUAAAGUCCUCAAAGCUGCUAUAUAUGAAAAACAAGGCUCAAGUGCAUCAACGAUGGCUACUUCUCUGUCACCACCUUGGACCAGUUGACAUCGGUGGCCUUUGCUUUCUUUUUAGCUUUUAAGAGAACUUGUAGCUUCCCCUGUUGCUGUCCAUCAUUCUUAAGCACCUUCAAGCGACAAUUUUUAGUGUUUUAUUGCUUGUGGAGGCAGCAUGCUCACUUAUUUUUCCUCGAGGGAUAGUAGGUGGGGAGGAGAUUAUAGCUGUCAGCCUAUCACUACCAUUCCAAUUUUUGCUAGGUUCCAUUUUCUGAGAAUUUUUUUUCUUUACAGGAAGAGGUUUCAAACGUUAAUGACCUCUUAGGUGCUCUAUUCAGUCAUUGUACAGCAUUGUUCUUCCGUAAAAUGUAUAUUUCCAAAUCUUGUAUUGUUUCUUAGGCGAAAUACGUUACAUUGUUAUAUUACUGAAAUUUUGGUAUCAAUUUUUGACACAUCUAUAGUUCUAUCA